CAGCAGCCAUAAAAACAACACACUUUCUUCUAUCUAUAUCUAUCUGUCAAAGAACAACAAGAAAUGGCAGCGUUGCAGUUAUUGUUCAAAUGUUACAAACCCCCAUCUCCUUUAAUAUUCUUUAAAUCAACAAAAUGGUAUCCACCCACAACCCAUAAUAAUAUACUAUCACUUAGUGGGAGGAAAAGAUUUUUUUGUUCAGCCCACACCAAACCCAGUAUUUAUAAUAAUUAUAUUAACAAUAAUAAUGAAAAGAAUAAGGAAUUACAAUUGUGGUUGUAUAAUACAAUGAGUAAAGAAAAAGAAUUAUUUAAACCAAAAAUGGAUGGAAAGAAAGUAGGAAUGUAUGUUUGUGGUGUUACUGCUUAUGAUCUUAGUCAUAUUGGUCAUGCCCGUGUUUACGUUUCUUUCGAUAUCCUUUUCAGAUACUUACGAUUCAUGGGUUAUGAAGUCAAUUAUGUAAGGAACUUUACUGAUGUUGAUGAUAAGAUAAUUGCUCGAGCAGGUCAAUUAGGAGAGGAUCCAAUCAGCUUGAGCAGACGCUUUUGUGAAGAGUUUCAUCGUGAUAUGGAAUUUCUUCAUUGCUUGCCUCCUACCGUUGAGCCUCGUGUUUCUGAUCACAUGCCCCAGAUCAUUGAUAUGAUCAAACAGAUUCUUGACAAUGGGUGUGCCUACACAGUUGAAGGUGAUGUGUACUUCUCUGUUGACAAGUCUCCUCAGUAUGGACGACUCUCUGGUCGGAAGUUAGAAGAUAAUCGUGCUGGUGAGCGUGUCGUGGUGGACUCAAGGAAAAAGAAUCCUGCUGAUUUUGCUCUGUGGAAAUCUGCAAAGGAAGGUGAGCCUUUCUGGGAGAGUCCAUGGGGAGCUGGAAGACCUGGAUGGCAUAUUGAGUGUAGUGCAAUGAGUGCUGCUUAUUUAGGAUACUCAUUUGAUAUACAUGGUGGCGGAAUGGAUCUUAUUUUUCCCCAUCAUGAAAACGAAAUUGCUCAGAGCUGUGCUGCAUGUGACAAAAGCCACAUAAGCUACUGGAUACACAAUGGUUUUGUGAAUAUCGACUCCCAAAAAAUGUCCAAAUCACUCGGUAACUUUUUCACAAUUCGCCAGGUUAUAGAACUUUAUCAUCCAUUGGCCUUGAGAUUUUUUCUAAUUGGAACACAUUACCGGUCGCCUAUCAAUUACUCUGAUGUGCAGCUAGAAAGUGCUUCUGAUCGUGCUUAUUACAUAUACCAGACCUUGCAAGAUUGUGUAGAAGUUGUAGGGAAGCAAGAUGAUCCAAGUCAGAAAGAACAUAUACCUACAGAAAUAGUUGAUUGCAUACGUAAUUUAAAUGAUGUAUUUAUUACUUCUAUGUCUGAAGAUCUCCACUCUCCAGUUGUCCUUUCUGCAAUGUCUGAUCCUUUGAAAACUGCCAAUGAUCUUCUACAUACUCGUAAGGGGAAGAAGCAAGGAAAACGGAUACAGUCACUUGCUGCUAUAGAGAAAACUAUCAGAAAUGUCUUGGAUAUUCUAGGGCUAAUGCCACCAAGUUACGUUGAGGUUUUGCAGCAAUUGAGGGAGAAAGCACUGAAGCGUGCAAAACUAACCGAAGAUGAAGUUGCUGAUAAAAUCAACGAAAGGAAUGCAGCACGAAUAAACAAGGAGUAUGAACGAUCAGAUGCAAUCAGAAAAGACUUGGCUACACUUGGUAUUGCUCUUAUGGAUAGCCCUGAGGGCACAUCCUGGAGACCCGCCAUUCCCCUUGCGAUGCAAGAACAGUAUGCCUUCUCAGAGUCUUAACUUCACAAAAUCACACUGGAAUUCACACUCAUAAGUCAACCAUUUUUAGCUAUUUGAGUUUUUAUCUUGUACUAUUCAUCCAAAAUUUUCAAUUUUUAUGUAUAUCAAGCAAAAUAUAGAGGGAAAAGUGAGGCCGGUGUUGUUAUACAAGUUUGGUGAAA